AUGGGACGUAAAAUCACUUUAUAUAAUUUCCAAGAGGAUCUGCUUACAUCAACGGACUUACGGCGUACUUUCACGUGAAGUUGCACUGAUCAUUGAGAUGCAUUUGAAGAUUAAUGCCAUAGACCGUUUAACCACAUCAAGUCCAAGCUCUGAAGAUUUGUUGUGGGUAGUAUGGCAGCUUUGUGGUCUUGCCAGAUCUGAUUGUGGGCGCCAGGCUUUGUUGGCUCUGGUUCAUUUCCCAGAGGCUCUUUCAGCUUUAAUUGCGAUACUUCACUCAGUCAGGGAAUCGGAUCCAGUUGCCCCAAAUUGUGGAGCUUCACCCUUGAACCUUACUAUCUUUCACUCUACUGCUGAGAUUUUUGAGGUCAUUGUUUCGGACUCAACUGCGUCUUCUCUGGGGGCUUGGAUUGGACAUGCUAAAGAACUUCAUAGAGUCUUACAUUCCUCCUCUCCAGGAUCCAGCAAAAAAGAUGCUCCUGCAAGACUUUUGGACUGGAUUGAUGCUAGUGUGGUGUACCACAGGAGUGGAGCAAUUGGUCUUUUACGAUAUACAGCUAUCUUAGCUUCUGGAGGAGAUGCUCACAUGGCCUCAACAAGUCUUUUGGCAUCUGAUGGCAUGGACGUUGAUAAUGUCAUUGGGGAUUCUUCCUGUACUGAUGGUAAUAUCAUAGAGAAUAUGCUUGGGAAACGCAUCACCGAGAAGGAUUUUCCUGGGGUUGUUCUUCGUGACUCAUCUGUUGUUCAGCUGACGACAGCAUUUCGAAUUUUGGCGUUUAUUUCCGAUAAUUCGGCUGUCACUGCUGCUCUUUAUGAUGAAGGUGCAGUCAUGGUUAUCCAUGCAGUUUUAAUCAACUGCAGGCUCAUGCUUGAGAGGUCCUCAAACAUAUAUGAUUACCUAGUUGAUGAGGGUACAGAAUGCAAUUCGACUUCGGAUUUACUACUGGAACGUAAUCGUGAACAGACCCUUCUUGAUUUGCUAAUUCCCUGUCUGGUGCUGUUGAUUAAUCUGUUGCAAAAGCUAAAGGAAGCUAAGGAGCAGCAUAGGAAUACUAAACUAGUAAAUGCUCUUCUACAGUUGCACAGAGAAGUGAGUCCAAAGUUGGCCGCCUGUGCAGCAGAUGUAUCCUAUCCUUACCCCAGUUUUGCACUUGGGUUUCAAGCUGCUUGCCAUCUUCUUGUUUCUGCAUUAGCAUGUUGGCCAGUUUAUGGUUGGACCCCUGGCCUUUUUCAUUUCCUCCUAGAUAGUCUUCAUGCAACUUCAGUAUUGGCGUUAGGUCCCAAGGAAAUCUGUAGUCUGCUUUGCUUAUUGGUUUUAAUUGAUCUAAGAGUUGAUAGCAAAGAAUCGGUCUCGGUGUGAAUACACAUAGAGUCUUCGCACAAUCGAAGAAAAAUUUUGAAACGAGACUUUCUUCACCAGGUAUGUCUUAGAUCCGAUCUUUGACCUGUAAAUAUAUUUUAAACACGAAAAGUUCUUCCUAGGAUUGUUAUUAUCUUCUGUUGCGUGUUACGAACAUAUAUAUGCAGUCCUACAGUGGUAUCAGAGCCGUGGUUUAUUGUGUCUA